GAAGCUAAUGUUUGUUGCACUCUUGAUGCAAGGACUCAACUUGCAUCAACGUCACUUCUGAGCGCCAGAACGAAGUGUACGUUGUUAACCUGCGACAGGUCCGCCUUUGGUUUACCCUGAGCAGCAUUUGCCGGUGUUGAUAAUCGGUUUCCUAUCUAGUCCGUUGGCAAAGCUCCCGGGCCUCCCAUGAACAGUACCAUGGCUGCGUCCUCACACCGGAUAACGAUGGGUCCGCUGGUGGCUGCCAUUGACCAGGGCACGAGCUCCACUCGGUUUUUGGUGUUUAAUGCGAAAACAGCAGAGCUCCUCAGCCAUCAUCUGGUGGAAAUCAAACAGAGCUUCCCCAAAGAAGGAUGGGUGGAGGAAGACCCCAAAGAAAUUCUGCAGUCGGUUUACGAGUGCAUGGAGCGGACGUGUGAAAAACUCACCCAGCUAAACAUAGACAUCUCAAACAUUAAAGCUAUUGGAGUGACCAACCAAAGAGAGACCACGCUUGUUUGGGACAAAGAAACAGGGGAGCCCCUCUACAAUGCAAUAGUUUGGUUGGACCUGCGGACUCAAUCAACAGUCGAACGUCUAAUCAACAAAACUCCAGGAAGGAAUAAGAACCACUUAAAGCAUAAAACAGGGCUCCCAAUCAGCACCUACUUCAGCGCGGUGAAACUUCGCUGGCUGAUGGACAACGUGGACGAGGUCCACGAUGCCGUGGUGUCACAUCGCGCUAUGUUCGGCACCGUGGACUCCUGGCUCAUCUGGUGUUUGACUGGUGGGAAGUCUGGCGGCGUCCACUGCACAGAUGUGACCAACGCCAGCAGAACCAUGCUGUUUAACAUCCACACUCUGGACUGGGACCCAGAACUCUGCACAUAUUUUGGUAUUCCCAUGGAGAUCUUGCCAAAAGUGAGGAGUUCUUCAGAAAUCUAUGGCCUCAUGAAAUUAUGUUCUAGCCGGAAAUGUGGAGCCCUCUCAGGGAUCCCCAUCUCUGGGUGUUUAGGGGAUCAGUCAGCAGCGCUUGUUGGACAGAUGUGUUUCCAGGAGGGGCAGGCGAAAAACACGUAUGGAACUGGCUGCUUUCUCCUGCGAAACACUGGAGCUAAGCCUGUAAUGUCCGAACACGGCCUUCUGACCACUGUGGCGUACAAACUUGGCCGCGACCAGCCUGCGUGUUACGCACUGGAGGGCUCUGUAGCCAUUGCAGGCGCUGUGGUUCGUUGGCUGCAGGACAAUCUGGGAAUCAUCAAAUCCUCUGAAGAGCUCGAGCAGUUUGCAGCGUCAGUCGGCACUUCCUACGGCUGUUACUUUGUUCCUGCCUUUUCGGGCCUCUACGCACCGUACUGGGAGCCCAGUGCAAGAGGGAUCAUCUGCGGGUUGACUCAGUUCACUAAUAAGUAUCACGUGGCGUUCGCUGCACUGGAAGCUGUGUGUUUCCAGACACGGGAGAUCCUGGACGCUAUGAACCAGGACAGCGGUAUUCCCCUCACCCAGCUCCAGGUGGACGGAGGGAUGACGUCCAACAAGCUGCUGAUGCAGCUGCAGGCCGACAUCCUCUGCAUCCCUGUCGUGAAGCCGUCCAUGCCUGAGACCACCGCUCUGGGCGCAGCGAUGGCAGCGGGGUCAGCCGAGGGGGUGAGCGUGUGGAGUCUGAAGCCAGAGGACCUGAGUGAAGUCACCUCGGAGAAGUUCGAGCCUCAGAUCAACCCUGAAGAGAGCGAGUUCCGCUACGCUCGAUGGAAGAAGGCGGUUCAGAAAUCCAUGAACUGGGAGACCACGGAGCCGGUCGGCAACGGAAACGGUGAAACUAGCAUCUUCAGCAGCGUCCCCCUGGGCUUCUACAUCAUCGGCAGCAUUCUGAUGUUAGUCGGUGCCAAAUACCUCGCAGGCAACAACUAAGCUCCAGGGGGCAUUUAAGCAAAGAGGAACCAUCUGGACCACCACCUGUACUCUCGGUGCUUUCUUUUCCCAAAAAGGCAUUACAGGAAGAUGGCUAUAGUUUGGAAUAACUAACUGAACUUUAUUAUUUGUUAUUAUUUUUAUCUACAGCACACAUGGGUGUAUUGGAGAUUAAUUUAAGUGUGCAUGCAGUAUUCUCUUUUUUUCACUGUUGACAUGGUAUGAAGUUCUGAAAUUAUUUAUGUAGAAACUCCACCGUAAGGUACUUCAGGUUGUCGUCAAAGAGAAACUCACUGUCAUACGCUAUUUCUUUGUUGUGGCAGAGCACUUUAUUUUAUUUUUGUUUGUUAGGUGUGAACUAACAGUCUAAGUUAUUAUUUUUCUAUCAGUUGGUAUUGAAAUGAAAACAAAGGCGAGGGGGUGAAGGUUGCUCUUUGGGAAAAAGUGACUUUUCUGUACAUACUGUAAUAAUUUUAAACAGCAAAAAUGUAUUGUGUAAUGGGCAAACAUGCCACGGAGGUCAAAAGCUAAUUCUUUUUUUGAUAUGUGUUGGAAAAGAAUAUAUGAAGACAUGGAAACAAAGAGUGUAUAUUUCUGUCAAUUGCUUCCAAAACCACCUAGGUCCUACAUUCAACGAAACAAACGGCAACAGCUGUUCAUAAGUGUUUCAUUUUGUCGACUAAAAAGGUUGAAAAUGGACUGAAAUGUUCCCCAAAAACGUUACGCUGACUUCCACUGCAGGCAAAAUAUUCAAAUGCAAAAAUGUAUUAUGCAUCCGUAAAGAUAACUGCCUUCCAAUAAGUGAAUUGCACUAAGAUUAGUGCCACAUGUGCAAUUCUGUUUGGAUUGCAUUUUCGCUUAAAUAAUGUAUUUCAAUUUAAAGGGAGAUUUUUUAAAUCAUAGGCCUCUUAGUCAUAGUUUGAAGAGUUAAUCUUAAGGAGGCGUCUAUUUAUCUGUUGCCCAGCCUUCAUCAUGUUUGUCUUCUCUUGGGAUCUGAGUUGUACUUGAUAGUACUUGCUCCAUACUUCAUCAGGUUAUUUGCAUAACUGAAAAGUGUAACUAAAACUGCACACAAAGUGCUCUUUUGGAUAUAAACACAAUUGAAAUCACUUCAAAUUAGAGAGACAGACCUAAAAUGCUAGAAUGUAUGAAACCAAGACUUUUUAACUGUGAAACUGUUGAUUGUGAUGAUGAACAUAUGGAACAAUGAAAAUGUGUGUGCCAGUGUCAUUCCCUUCAACUCAUUCACAGAACUGUAAAGGAAAUAAAAGUACUGCUGGGUUAGAAGAAAUGAAA